AUGCCCGCUGUCGCCAAGAAGAGCGCUAAGAAGGCCCCCAAGAAGGUCGCUAAGAAGAUCAGCCGCAAGAGCCCCGAGUACAGCACGCUCCGCAAGAGCUGCUCUCCCGGCACAAUUGCGAUCAUUCUCGCAGGCCGCUUCCGUGGCCGCCGCGCGGUGAUUCUCAAGCAGUUGCCCGGCAACGGCCCACUGGUCAUCUCGGGCCCGAUGAAGUACAGCGGAGUGCCGAUUCGCCGCAUUGACUCCCGCUACAUCAUCGCCACCUCCACAAAGGUCGACAUUAAGAACGUGGACACCAGCGCCAUCACCGCUGAACUCUUCAAGCGCCCCAAGCAGGAGAAGCGAGUGAAGUCGGAGGGCGAGUUCAUGGGUGAUAAGGCCAAGAAGGCAGCGGAGCAGAAGGCCAAGAAGACCGCAAAGGCAGCAGCGAAGGGUGCCGUCAGUGAUGCCCGCGCACAGCUGCAGAAGAAGGUGGAUGCUGCUCUCAUUGAGGCGAUCAAGAAGGAUCCUCUUGGUAAAGAAAAGGCCGGAUAUCUUCACUCCGUCUUCACCAUCAUGCCAGGUGAUGUGCCACACCGUAUGAACUGGUAG